GACUGCCACACGCGGCUCUUGGGCGCCUCCGAGGAACGAGAGAAGGGCUGACAGGACGGGACGGGCAUUUAAAAGCAGCUUCCUGUCUUUGCGCCACCAACAAUGCCACCUCCGCCAACCACUAAUCUGGGUUAUAUUCCCCCUGAUGGAGGAUGGGGCUGGCCUGUUGUGUUUGGAGCCUUUAUGUCCAUCGGCUUCUCCUAUGCCUUCCCCAAAGCCUUGACCAUCUACUUCAAGGAGAUUCAAGAGUUCUUCUCAGUGUCCUACAGUGAGAUAGCCUGGGUGUCAUCCAUCAUGUUGGCAACCAUGUAUGCUGGAGGUCCAGUGAGCAGCAUCCUUGUGAACAAAUAUGGCAGCAGGCCUGUGGUCAUCAGUGGCGGUGUGAUGUGUGCCGUUGCCAUGGUGGCUGCCUCCUUUGGUACCAGCAUCAUUCAGCUCUACAUCUGCGUUGGAAUCAUUGGAGGAAUGGGCCUUGCCUUCAACCUGCAGCCAUCCCUGACUAUCAUUGGCAAGUACUUCCUGAAGAAGAGGCCUAUGGCCAAUGGCCUGGCCAUGGCUGGCAGCCCAGUGUUCCUGUGUACCUUGGCUCCUGUCAACCAGCUGCUUUUUGACACUUUUGGCUGGCGGGGAAGCUUCUUUAUUUUGGGAGGCUUGCUACUGAACUGCUGUGUUGCUGGCGCUUUGUUUCGGCCCAUUGGCGUAACCUCCAAGAGUGCUCAGAAACAGGACAAGAAGCCAAUCGGCGAAGAGAAAGUGAACAAUGGAGCCUCGAGUGAGCCGUCCAGUCCUCAGGCCGCAAACCCAUUUUCUGGGAGAGAGCCGGCUAAGCCUGCGGGCUGCUGCCAGAAAGUCAAUAAAUUCAUUGAUAUCUCCCUCUUCAAACACCGGGGCUUCCUCAUCUACCUCAUUGGAAACGUCUUGAUGUUUUUUGGCUUUUUUGCUCCCAUCGUAUUCUUGGCUCCUUACGCCAAGCACCUGGGCAUCGAUGAGUACUCGGCAGCUUUCCUACUCUCUAUCCUGGCCAUUGUUGACAUGAUCGCCAGGCCCGGCACGGGAAUGGUGGCCAACACGAGGUGGAUCAGGCCCAAGAUCCAGUAUUUCUUCAGUUUCUCAGUUGCUUACAAUGGCGUCUGUCACCUCCUGUGCCCUUUGGCCUCUGGGUAUUUGGGGCUUGUGAUGUAUGCCGUCUUCUUUGGCUUGGCAUUCGGCAUGGUCUGUGCCUUGCUCUUCGAGACCCUGAUGGACCUGGUUGGAGCGCAGCGCUUCUCAAGUGCUGUUGGACUGGUCACAAUCAUCGAGUGCUGCCCGGUUCUGCUUGGACCACCCAUUGGAGGUGCCCUCGUGGAUGCAUUUGGCGACUACAAGUACAUGUACUACGUCUGCGGUGCCGUCAUGCUGCUGGCGGGCAUCUUCCUCUUCAUAAUGAACUACUACAACUACCGCCUGCUGGAGAAGGAGGAGAAGGAGAGAGAGAAGAAGGAGGAGGACGAGGAGGAAAAGGUGGAGCUGGAAAUCCCAGGAUCAGAGGUCUGCUGUGAGUCUGAGGAGACAAACGAGAAGCCCACCACAGCAGAGCAGGAGGCCUGAGCCAUGGGGGGGGGUCAGCCUUGUGCAGACGGCCUGUCAAAACGACCAUCAGCCGUCAAUUAGCAGUUUGUGCCCCUGGGUAUCUGGUGACGGGCCGCACAUUGUGCCCCCCCCUUUAUUAUUUUUUUUGAUUUUGAGUGAUUUUAUUUAUUUUUACGGACAGUUAAAGCCAAACAAGUCUCGUCAGGACACCCAAAGUGUGGGCAGGUCCUGGUCUUGGGCCCACUGGCUUGUUUUACCCCCUUGAGAGGUGGGGGGGUCCAUCUUGAGGGAUUUGUUUUUCUGGUUUUUUAUUUGUCUCUCAACCACUGGGGGUCACGAGCGGCUGUAGUUUAUAAUGGCGGUGGGUCGCUGCUCUGAUGAUCACUAAGGGGGGGUCACAAUGACACCUGAAACAACUGCUUGGUGACACAAAAAAAAAAAGGUUGAGAAACACUGUGUACCGCUCUCAGCUCCGGCACGAUUGUAAUAAUUAAGUAAUCCGACACUACUUUCUACUACACCACUUCAAGUUAUAGAGACGCAGGAGAUCAAGUUGGACAAUACACAUCAUCACCGGGACAACAACAGGAAGCCUUAUCUGUGUAAUAUCGCGCUGCAGCGCCGCACAAAUCACAACACCAACCCUAGAAAACAGACAGUACUAAUAAGGAUCUUAGCAGAUGGAAAACACAAAAAAACAACAAUGGAUUUAUAGUUUUUAAAGUCUUAUCUGUACAGUAGCGUUGAGCUCCGUCUAGCGUGGGGAAAUGAGGCGCCGACCAAAUAUCUUAUUCCGGGAAAUGUACUGAUUAACAGUUCCUAGUGCUGGCCCGUCAAGUCCGCUCCCGUAUGCCUUCCACUCGAAAGAAAAAAUUAUUUGGCUUGCAAUGAACCCGGGUUCACCUGACGACAUCCAAGAGUGUUAAUCCUUUCCGUUGUGCCUUUUCCUGUUAUGGCCUCCUCUUCCUCUCUCCUCUCUCUUCUUCCUUUUUCCCGCCACCUCUUUACAUACAGAUAGCUCCUCCCCGUACAGUCUGUUGGCCCUGCACAUAAAGGCGUACAAACUUACAGGUACAUACACACAUUCCGGUCGGCCGUUACAACUGGCUGGUAGAGCCUCGGGCAGCAUCUCGGUGGGCAACUCUUUGUGUGACGCCUCCCCCCCAUCGUUGUGUUUCUUUUUUUUAGUUCAUUGAUCAAGAAGUGAAGUGGCAGAGGUGGUCAGGCCUCUCGAGUGCAGCAUCGCACUUUGAAAUCCGUUACUUGGUCGUCGUCAGUGUGGAGUUUGCAUGUCCUCAGCCUCUGUGUGUGUGUGUGUCUCAAUAUACGUGGGCCCUGGCUCUGUCUCUGUGUGUGUGUUGGGGUCGCGUCCUACUUUGCCCUUAGUGCUGCCAGGCCAGGCCGUGUCGCCCUACAGAAGGGUAAUCACUGAGGGGUGGCCAACCGUGACAAGUGACGCUGACAGAGGACACACAGACACGCCACGGCCCACCCAGCUCAGCCUUCCAGGGGGGCCGCAGCCUGUUAAUUGAAAUCCUAAUCGACGUCGGCCAGUUCUUGCAGGUGUCGAGUGUGACAUUCCUGAUGUCACUCCUGUAUGUGACACUUUUAAUAAAAGACUUGGUGUUCAGGUGCGGGCUCUGCGUUGUCUUUUUGUGCUGAUGACGUCAUUGGGCACAGUGUGGGUAGCGCAUGCCCGUACCACGCCAGGGGCACCACAAUGCCAGGCAGGGGCCAUCUCAUUGACCUGGGCAGCAGACAGAGAGGCCUCCACAAGUGGCAAACGAAGGGAGUGAGAGAAAGAGACCCAGGAAAAGAAAAGUAACGGAAAAGGCCGCUGUUACCGUCGGCGACCUCCAAUCAUUUUAAAUGAACAUUUUUGGCCCCCCAGGUUUAAGUUCAUUUUAAAGUAUUCGGUGUACUUCAUUGGUUCUUUCGGUUUUUUGGCGGCCAUUUUGGACCGACGUCAUCACGAGAGGGUUUCUUAGGGUGUGUCCUCAGAGGUCACAGUCCUGAGGUAAUCACUACCGCGGGUUCAAAGCCUGCCUGGCAGUUCGUCCCCUCAUCUGAGUUGCGCCCCUUUUGCCGAAUUCUUAUUUUGCUUCGUCUUGUUGUUGCUUUUGACAACAAAUUCGCGGCAAAUUUUGUCUCCUGCUGCUUUUGCUCAUCCGUCACGUGCUCUGUGGGCUUCUGGGUUUUGACGUCACUUUCGUUCUUCUCCCGCUUGGCUGUCGGACCCCCGUCAGUGGGCCGUGCAGGAGGGGAAUUAGUGUGAGGCACAGCGUAAUGGCGGCUACGUGAAGGUCAGACACAGACAGGGAGAGAAUCUCCCAGCAUGCACCACCAACACCAGCCUCCCAAUCCCAGUCGGCGGUUGUAACGGAGCUCUGUGUGCACAUUCGGUCCUGAGGGACCCCCAUGGCAGCAGGGUGUCAUUCUUCAUUUUACUUGUAAGGGGGUCAUAAUGUGAGAUGUUCUGGGCCACAUCAGAGCCCACCGAGGGCCAGCAGUGGCGGGAUGGACACGGUCGUCCCAGUUGGCCACCUCCGCAGGACCCGUGGGCGGAGGAGUGAAGGGUCAGGAAUCGGACGAGCCGAAGUCCUGCUCGAUAACCAGCAAGGAGCCAACGCAAAGGUCAGGAAUAACAAGAACAUCAAAGCCCAAGUCCUGGGAGACCCCAAACGCCAGAGGGAGGCUCCACGGGACCCCAGAGAGCUUCUCUGUUUCAGGUUAUCCACGUGUUUGGGUACAACAAGGCCACACUUUAGAUCCUGUGACAUUGGUGACAUCAAGAGGGUCCAUGAGCACACCUGUGAGGAACACGGGACUGAUAUGAACGUUUUAUUGAUAUAUAGCGCCUUUCAGUGAGCAAACGACUUCACAGAAAUUCAAAAAUGAGCAACGGGGAAUAUUGAACAUUGGAAAGAAAUGUCCGCACAAAACACUAAAUUCAGAAUCGAGUAGAAGAAGAACAAUAAACCAAAAAUAAAAAUACUGCAAAGGCCUGGUCAGACGGAGUAGGGGGGCACCGGUGCCCCUGAAGUUGAUUUUUAAAGUCGCCAAAGGGACUUCUCAAAACAAGAGGAUAAGCAAAUAAAAUAAACUGCCAGGAAGGAAUUAAAUAACUGGGAAUGUCCUGCGGUGACCCAAACGCGAAAUAAAACUCAAGGAGAAUUUACACCAAAUAAACGAGCGAGCGUGCGACCCCUCACCAUUCAGGCAGAAGAUUUGCCAACACAGCACGGGGCACUGAGGCUCACCCACGCUGGUGCCAACUUCACACCUGGGCAACCGGCUGCCAUCGUCAACAGAAAAGGUCAAAAACUGGAGAAGUGCAUCUGCUAGCAGCAUUAGGGGGUACCAACCCAGGAUGGCACACCACCAGCCCGUCGCAGGGCACACACACACUUGUGCCCAUACCAGGAAUGUGGGAGAAAACCGGAAUGACACCGAGGGAAGAUAAACAAGUGACAAACUAGAAAUUCACUUUCACAAGUCGCCUUUUACACAAAGAGAAAAAGUCCGAAUGAAUAAAUACACAAAAAGGAGGGAGAGAAAGAGAGAGAGAAGGAGAGAGGGAGAGAGAGAAGGAGAGAGAGAGAGGCUGUUAAUAAAAUAAAUGAGCGCACAAAUAAAUAAAUAACGGGGCUCAAAAAUGCACUCAGUCACACUUUAGCUGAAUCCAAUCAGGCAGAGUCGGCCAUGUCACUCGCAGCCACCGCAUUCACAGCCACCCACACACAACAGUGACGGAAAUGACAGGCGCUGGGCACGACACGGCAGGACAUCGAGCGGGCGCAUUUGUGCCCUGAGACCCCCGACGGGAAAUGACCGGACGAACGGAGGAGUGGAGUGACGGUGAGAACCGACGGGUGGCACGGCGCUGGAGCGGAGCGCACUUCAGAGGACGGGCCCGGACAGACUAUAUAGUGCCAUGCAUACUGCGCGAUGGGCAUCGUGUGCUGCCCAUUUGUACCGAGAGAUUAUAUAUAUAUAGUGCCUUUAAUACUGCAUGUGCUGUAAAUAAACUGCUUUUAUAGUGAAAUGCGAACGAAAAAAGGGGCAUAUGGCGCCUUUCAUGUCGAGUACGACACGAGGUGCGUUGCAAACGGAGUACCUUUACAGUCAAAGACUAUAUAGCGCCUUUUCAUAUGGAGUAAUGCGCAGCGUGUUGCAAAUAAAAGGAGGAGGAAGAAAGUUUUGGGCGUUUUGCCUUCUCCUCCCUCGUGCACCUGUCCGAUGACACGCUGUCACAGUGUCCCUGUCCGCGCUGACACCAACGACCCUGUAAGUAUGGAAUUGUAGUGUGGGAGGAGAGGGAACCAGAAAACACAUCAAGUACCUUUAGUGACCGCCGUAAUGACCUCCUGAGUACCCACAACAUCGGGGUGUGUCGUCCAGCUCACCGACCUGCCGAGAGAGGAAAAAUAAAUAAAUAAAGGGAUUGCUUGCCUUUUGAGAAAUGAAAUUAGCAAGUCCCAGCAGUGAUGCCCACCUUUUAAAACCCAUUAAGGAGGAGGGCGGCCGCCCAUUCAGUUAAAACAGCCUAAUGGCCGGCUGACCGCGUCCUUCACGGAUGUCCCUCGGUAAACUGACCAGGCAGAGACGACCAUCCGGAGAUGCCAUGCGACAAAAAAAGUGCCGAUCCAGACUCGGGCGGUCUCUUGGUAUUCCAGCUUGACGGGUAGAUAUUAAAGGCACUAUAUGAUAUUGACAUAAACACCUUUUAUACCUCAAUGACAGGUUUGAAAGGCACUAUAUAACAUACAUAUAAAAAUAUAAGGCAGCAUCUAACAGGUAAGUGAAAGGCACUAUAUUAAAGAAAAUUCCAUAAAUCCUGAUACAUUUUUUAUUUUGGAGUGCCAACGAGCAGCAUUGUGCAUUUCUGUAUUUGAAGACCCCCGAAGUUGAGAGGUUUACGCCAAACUGCCGGGCUCUUCAGCGGAGUAUUUUGUUUGAAAGCGCCAAUGAAUGCCAUCACGUGCUGCCGGAUCAGAAGCCACGCCCAAACUGCAACAAAAACCCCACCGAGGGACACCCCAAGCCACACCCUCAGUCCUCAGCUACGUAUUUGCAUGGACAGGCACCAAUGAGAAUCAUCAUAAACUGUCCAAUUUCAAUGGACACGCCCAUCACCCUUCAUUCACAAGUCAUCAAGAGUUUUCAUUUCAAUCCCCAGAUGGGCAGAAAUGCCCACCACCCGAAUUAAACUGGCACACCUCAACUGAAGCGCCAAACGAUGCAGAAGUAGGGAAGACGUUUUAAGAACAGCUGAGUCUAUUGUGGCCGCCCAGGUCGGGAUGCCAGUCUACUAAAGGGCACACAUACACUAGUAAACCCCCCCCCGCCCCCCAAGGGUCUGUGCUGACCAGUCGGCCUGUGACGUGUUUAACUUUGAAGUUGUGUUUGAUGUCCUUUAAAUAAAAAAGAAGCCCCGCCAUU